CCUCCUCCGUCUUCCUUAUCUCUCUGCUCUUUCUCCUCGGCUUACGACCUCAGAGGUGAAGCACUCGUGCACGCUGAAUUUCUUCCUCCUCCGUCUUCCUUAUCUCUCUGCUCUUUCUCCUCUGCUUACGACCUCAGAGGUGAAGCACUCGUGCACGCUGAAUUUCUUCCUCCUUCGUCUUCCUUAUCUCUCUGCUCUUUCUCCUCGGCUUACGACCUCAGAGGUGAAGCACUCGUGCACGCUGAAUUUCCUCCUCCUCCGUCUUCCUUAUCUCUCUGCUCUUUCUCCUCGGCUUACGACCUCAGAGGUGAAGCACUCGUGCACGCUGAAUUUCUUCCUCCUCCGUCUUCCUUAUCUCUCUGCUCUUUCUCCUCGGCUUACGACCUCAGAGGUGAAGCACUCGUGCACGCUGAAUCCAUUCCAUGCCGAGCCCUUGAUGACCACCUGAAUGCAUCUAACCAACAGACCAUGGAUGAACCCCACACUCCUCGUCACCUACCUUCCUCUCCUAGCAGCCAUGGAAGAGCUCCAUCCCCACACUUUCAUGGUGCUGCGAGCUUGAGGGUUGCAACCCUUCGACGGCGAAGCCUGCAAAUGUGGAGGAGACGACCGAUGCUGGCAAGGCUGACGAGAUGGCUGGCAGCAACUGUGAGUCACAGGUGUUCGCCAAUGUACCUGAGGGAUUUAUCAAGCUUCUCGUCUCCAUCAUCAAAGUCGCGAUCAGGCCAUCGGCUCGUCCGGAGUUCACACUCUACCAGCACAAGAUCAGCGACAGCGUGUCAAUGCACCAGGCCGCGGUGCAAUUCAAGGGAGAACGUUCUGAGUCACGCCGCUUCUGAUUUGUGGGAAGGGCCAUGCCUACGGAGAGGCAUGCUAUGCAGAUGGCUGCCCGUGAGGCGAUAGCUCGUCUCCGGUAUGCUCUCCCUUCGAUGAAGGCUCGUCGCUACCGCUACCUCCCCUGCCACGUGCCAUACACUUGUCACUAUGCAUUCGCUUGCCCUAGGGGAGAGAGAGAUGAGGCUAUUGAGAUGCUGGUUGAGUACCUCAAGGCUCUCGAGGCAGCUUUUGAUAGCCUCGUGGACGACUUUGUGGCUGCUCGUAUGGACUUCGUGCAGGGCUGUUCUGCCAACAGGAGGGAGCUCCUCCAUACAGCACCACCACUGACUUACGUCUCGUCCGCAGCAUCCUAUACACCUGCCAUCUUCGCUAGUGCUCGCCGCCUGCCAACCACUGAGGAGUUUGACCAGGUCAUUGCUCCUACUCCGGUCAGUGCUGCACCACCGGCCGCACCCGCACCAGCGCCUCAACUCAGCACUUCGCGCCUGGAGCCUAUUAGUGAGGAGGAGGUUGAGUCUCCAGCAUCACUAGGUCUUACCCUCGGCAGGCCGAGGGAAAUUCUCACCAUCUCCGACUGAGUGCACCUAGCAGCCGUGCGAUGUACCAGCUUGUAUGAUAUGU